AUGUCAUCGGAAGCUCCAAAUUUUUCCACAAAUCAGAAGGUGAUGGCAACAGAGGAAGAUGUUGACUUGUCAACUUUGAAGUCCCAACUAAGCCAAACACAUAUGAUGUGGAAGCAGGAGAUGGAGCGAAGCCAGUCUCAAGUGGAUAUCUUGCAAGCAAAACUUAUGGAGGUAAAAGAUUGUAUGGGGUCAGAGGAAGAUGCCAAAAAGGAGUUAGAGGUUCUUUGGCGAAGAGUCAAAACUACAGCAACAUUAUUGGCGUACUUGAAAUCAAAAGCAAGACUCAUGGCUGUUCCUCAUUUGGCCCAUACCUCAUGUAGCAUUAGACAAUUAGAUGGAGUGGGACUUGUUGACAAACAUGGAACUCCUUUGUCUGGUUGGUCCAGGAAUGUAGAUCUUUCUUCCUUUGAGGGUCCAGAUGAGGAAACAUGGAUUGGAAUAAAUAGUCAGCAUGGUUCUCUUGAUGAACAAGAUGUGGCUUAUAUCAGUGAAAUUCUCAAGAGUGUACACAUGGUUGCAGAUGUAAUGGAAAAUCUUGUCAAAAGAAUUAUUAUGGCAGAAUCUAAAAUUGCCAUUGAGAAAGAGAAGGUAACAUUAGGACAGGAAGAGAUUAAAAGGAAGGCACUUCAUAUUGAAAACAUGUCGGUAAAACUAGAGGAGAUGGAAAAAUUUGCACUGGGUACAAAUUCUGUUUUAAAUGAAAUGCGACAGAGGGUUGAAGAUUUGGUUGAAGAAACAUCUAGACAGAGGCAAAGAGCUGCAGAAAAUGAACAGGAGCUUUGUCGUGUCAAGCGAGACUUCGAAUCUCUAAAAUCUUAUGUCAGCAGUCUUAUCAGUGUGAGAGAAACACUUCUUUCAUCGGAAAAGCAGUUUCAAAAUAUUGAGAGGCUUUUUGAACGGUCAGUUUAUUUUUGUUUUGCUUUUUUGUGA